UUUCAAGAAAACUGAGUAAAAUAAAAUGUAUGGAUGCAUGUCCUCUUAGGGCUUCCGUAGAAAGGAACUUCGCAGAAACACGAAUCUGAAUCUGAUUUUAAAAAUGUAAUAAAUAAACUUUUUGGAUGUAUUUAUAAUCUGCUGAUUAAAUUCCAUGUCUGAAGCUGCUCUUAACUCAAAUAACCUCUUUGGGGUUUUGUGUUUAUAUUCAGUCUAUUUCCGGUGAUGAAUGUGAUCCCCCUUCACUCUCUCAGGUGUCAGUUCCUCUCUCUCAUGAUCUCAGUGAGUCCUCCUCCCUCACACUCUGAAGGACUCUGCAGGAUUUUAUGUGUCAUGGUCUUCUGCUUCAUUUAACGCUGUGUAGAGAAACAUGGAGCCUCCGGACUUUGAGGCUAUGAACUUCACGGUGGAUCCGGGUCCGCCGGGUUACCCUCUGUGUGAGGGGUGGAAGGAGGGCGCGGAAGAUGCCGUGUUCCACCUCUCCAACAUCCUCCUCUUCCUCGGCUUCAUGGGGGGCAGCGGCUUCUACGGAGUCCUGUACCUGUUCAGCUUCCUGACCGUGGGCUUCUUCUGCUCCACGCUGUGGGCUUGGUCCGACUCCUGCACCACGGACUCGUUCCUGUGGAGCUUCGCGCUGUUCGGUGCGUGUUUGGGUCAGCUGCUGCACGUCUCCUACCGGCUGAGGAGCGUCUCCUUCGAGAAGGACUUCCAGGAGCUGUACGCCUGCGUGUUCAAAAAGCUCGGGGUGUCGCUCACGCACUUCGGGAAGAUCGUGGCCUGCUGUGACGCAGAGGUCCACAGCUUAGAGAAGGACCACUGCUUCGCCGUGGAGGGGAAAACGGCCAUAGACAAGCUGUCCGUGCUCCUGUCAGGCAGAAUCAGUGUGACGGUAAACGGAGAGUUUCUUCAUUACAUCUACCCGUUCCAGUUCCUGGACUCACCUGAGUGGGACUCCCUCAGACCGUCAGAGGAGGGAAUAUUCCAGGUGACCCUGCGUGCUGAUAACCCCUGCAGAUACGUGUCGUGGAGGAGGAAGAAACUUUAUCUGCUGUUCGCAAAGCAUCGCUACAUAGCGAAGAUCUUCGCCCUGGUUGUGCGUAACGACAUUGCAGAGAAGUUGUUCUCUCUGAACGACAAAGCCUUCGACAGCUCGGGACACCGCUACGAUCUCCGCUUGCCCAGCUUCUGUCACAUGACCACGACGGACUUAGAAAAAACAGAUGUCUUCUUGCAAGUCCCGACGCAGGGAGAAAGGACGAGAAACAUGGAGCCUCCGGACUUUGAGGCUAUGAACUUCACGGUGGAUCCGGGUCCGCCGGGUUACCCUCUGUGUGAGGGGUGGAAGGAGGGCGCGGAAGAUGCCGUGUUCCACCUCUCCAACAUCCUCCUCUUCCUCGGCUUCAUGGGGGGCAGCGGCUUCUACGGAGUCCUGUACCUGUUCAGCUUCCUGACCGUGGGCUUCUUCUGCUCCACGCUGUGGGCUUGGUCCGACUCCUGCACCACGGACUCGUUCCUGUGGAGCUUCGCGCUGUUCGGUGCGUGUUUGGGUCAGCUGCUGCACGUCUCCUACCGGCUGAGGAGCGUCUCCUUCGAGAAGGACUUCCAGGAGCUGUACGCCUGCGUGUUCAAAAAGCUCGGGGUGUCGCUCACGCACUUCGGGAAGAUCGUGGCCUGCUGUGACGCAGAGGUCCACAGCUUAGAGAAGGACCACUGCUUCGCCGUGGAGGGGAAAACGGCCAUAGACAAGCUGUCCGUGCUCCUGUCAGGCAGAAUCAGUGUGACGGUAAACGGAGAGUUUCUUCAUUACAUCUACCCGUUCCAGUUCCUGGACUCACCUGAGUGGGACUCCCUCAGACCGUCAGAGGAGGGAAUAUUCCAGGUGACCCUGCGUGCUGAUAACCCCUGCAGAUACGUGUCGUGGAGGAGGAAGAAACUUUAUCUGCUGUUCGCAAAGCAUCGCUACAUAGCGAAGAUCUUCGCCCUGGUUGUGCGUAACGACAUUGCAGAGAAGUUGUUCUCUCUGAACGACAAAGCCUUCGACAGCUCGGGACACCGCUACGAUCUCCGCUUGCCCAGCUUCUGUCACAUGACCACGACGGACUUAGAAAAAACAGAUGUCUUCUUGAUGUCCUCUACCCCGGAGCUGCCCCCCCUCCUCUUCGCCACGCUGCUGCCCCUCCCCUCGGCCUCUUCCGAAGUGGAACAAAAUGUCACCUCCUGCCAGGAGUGGGAGCAGGCCCACCACCUCCUCUUCCAUCUGGGGAACCUGUCCCUGCUGCUGGGCCUGGUCAUCCCCACCACGCUGAGCCUGCACAUGAUCCUGCUGCGCCUGCUCCUCAUGACAGGAUGUGGUCUCUUCAUCGCCUGGGCAGCUCUGUACAGGUGUAACCUGGACGUGAUGGUUUGGAACGUGGUGUUCCUGGUGGUGAACUUCAUGCACCUGUUCUUCCUCCUGUACAAACGCAGACCUAUAAAGAUCGACAGGGACCUGCGCCCGGUCUACAGGAGGAUGUUCGAGCCCCUCCACGUGAAGGAGGCUCUGUUUCAGAGGCUCACAGGACAGUUCUGCAUCAUCCAGACCCUGGAGAAAGGUCAGGCCUACGCUGCAGAGGACAAGACGUCGGUGGAUGAACGGCUCAGUAUCCUUAUCAAAGGAAAGAUGAAGGUUUCCUACAGAGGUCACUUCCUUCACAACAUCUACACAAACUCGUUCAUCGACUCUCCGGAGUUCAGGUCCACUGAGAUGCACAGAGGAGAGAAGUUCCAGGUGACCAUCUUGGCCGAGGAUAAAUGUAAGUUCCUGUGCUGGUCUCGAGAAAGACUCACAUACUUCCUGGAGUCGGACACCUUCCUCAACGAGGUGUUCAGGUACCUGAUCGGGAAAGACAUCACCAACAAGCUGUACUCUCUGAACGACCCCACACUCAGCGACAAGGCCGUGAAGAAGAUGGACCGGCAGCCCAGCCUCUGCUCCCAGCUCUCCAUGAUGCAGAUGAGGAACAGCAUGGCAAGCACCAGCGACACCGACGACGUCCUCAACCAGAUCAUGCAAAGAGGAUCGGCCGGGUCAUCGAUCCAAAAAUCACCCGGAACCAGAGCCUCCGCCAAGAUGAAGCCCAUAGCAGAAGGCCUGGAGGACGAUGUUUUUGAAGAAUCUGCUCCUUCCAAGUCCGCUCACAUGGGCAGCACCUCCAGUGAGGAGGUGUAGACCGCACACAGCAGAGAGAACAACCCAGGAAUGAGAUUUUUAUGGAUGUAUGUGCCUUUGUUUUUGGGCUGAUUCAGCACCAUUUGAAUGUCAAAAAUAUGAUAAUUUAGAAUGUUUUCAUCAGUUUGUCCACCAGAGGGCGCUAGAAAGAAGCAUUUUGACCUCUCAGGGCGCGGUCACACUGGCAAGCCGUACCGUGGCUCCUCCUCCCCAGCCUUCACGGCCUGCGGUCACACUGCUCCAGGACUAACCGGGCCUAAGCACAGUCACCUCUUGUACAUAACGUCGUAAUACAGCACAUGCAUUACGGCUUAAUGUUAUUAUGAAGCGUGCUUAGUUUACAAGAUAGGCAGACUCGAGGGUACGGAUUGCGAGUGUGACCGCGCCCUCAGAAAUAUGUGAAAUAACUCCAACUUCUCCACGCACUAUGAUGUCAUCGUUGCACAUUGUAUGAUAAGAUUUUGAAAAUUCGCAUUUCUAAUCAAAUGCUAAAAAACUCAAAUAUUUGGUAUUGGUUGUUUCAAGUGCAGCUUUAACUUCUCAGAUAUCUGUGUUGGAAUCUCUUUAAAGAAUAAUUUAUCUAUGGAGCUCAACUUGUCCAAACAGACAGGACUGGGCGGUUUCCUCUCUGUGAAUUUAUUUUAUUAGUCAUAAUAUAAAAAUAUAGAUAUAGAUAUAAAUAUACAUUUUACUAUUUCAUGCACAAAGUCACACGUGUCACGACUUUCAUAGAUGUCUUUGUAAGUGAGGAUUUCCCCUUUAGAGAUAUUUUAUUUAAGAACAUACUCUUUUUUUUAAAUCAGUGCACUUGUGUGUUUAAUAAAAACAUUUACAGAUGUGUCUCGCUGUUUGAUGUGUUCUUAAAGUUUUCAGGAGUUCUGUUUUUAUUGUGAUUUCAUUGUUGUAUAACAUUAAAUACAAAUGUGACCAGUCA